CUAUAUAUAGAGGAAGGAGUGAAUAACAAUGUAUUGUUUUGGUUGUGAUGAUUUAAAGUACUAGCUAAUACUCACUAUACGAUGAAGGGUAAGUGCUUUUUAUCUCUUUUGACUUGGUCAUUAAUUGUGUUGCUCGUGCUACUAGAGGCACCAACUGGAAAUGGAUCAAAUGGUAGAUUGGAGAAUGGAGAGAUAAAGUUAACAGUAAGGGUACCCGUAAGAGAUGGUUUCCCCCAGUUUGUGAAAGUAGUUUGGGACCCUUCUCAACAAAAGUACACAGCAUCAGGAUAUUGCAUGGAUGUUUUCAAUGCCGCUGUAACCUACUUACCCUUCAAUGUUUCUCUACAUCUUCUACCUGCUGCUGUUGAGUCAAGCUAUGGUUUUAGAUUUGACCAAGCACUUCAAAAACAAAUCCCGCCAAAGAAUGAGGUCGUGGUAGGGGAUGUAACAAUCCUAGCCAACCGUUCAAAUUACGCAGAUUUCACAGUGCCAUAUACUGCAUCGGGAGUUAAAAUGGUAGUACCAGCUAAACAUGGGAGGGAUCAGAACAUGUGGACUUUUGUGAAACCCUUCAGUUGGGAUCUGUGGUUGAGCAUAAUCAUCAUCUCUACCUUCAUAGGGCUUGCCAUACUCAUCAUGGAAAGAAACGUAAACGCGUUGCCUAAUCAGGAGGGUUCGCCAAAUCAAACAAAGCUUGGCCCUGCAACUAUCUUGCUGUUUCCAAUUUCUCAAGCCAUUCUUCCUGAAAGAGAAGUAGUGGUCAAAGGUUGCUCGAGAUUUGUGUUGAUGGUUUGGCUUGUAUUGGCGUUCGUCCUCAUGCAAAGUUACACUGCUAACUUGACUUCUAUAUUGACCUUGGAUCAACUGCAACCAAGCUUUCUGAACGUUAAUGAUUUAAGGAGAGAGGGUUAUUACGUUGGAUACCAAGGGGGGUCUUUCGUUUACGAUGUGUUGAUUGACCGGUUUAAGUUUGACCCAUCCAGACUAAGGCCAUACAACAACACUGGUGAGUACCAUGAUGCUCUAAAGCUUGGAAGCAAAAAUGGGGGUGUUGCAGCUAUAUUCGAUGAAGUUCCCUACCUUAAACUCUACCUUCAAGAAUACGGAUCCAAUUACAUCAUGUCUGGCCCCGAAUAUAGAAAUGCAGGGUUUGGUUUUGUAUUCCCUUUAAACUCCAAUCUCACGGCUUACUUCUCGAGAGCCAUCCUGAAUGUGAUUGAAAGUGGAUUAAUGAAUGAGAUUGAGGAGAAAUAUUUUGGAGAAGACUCGUCUGAGGAAACAUCUUCUUCUGAACCUCUCAGUCUCAGCUUUCGUAGCUUCGCUGGGCUUUUCAUUAUUUCUGGGAUUUCUACUUUAUUAGCGUUAUUGGUUUCAGAAAGAUUUAUUUGGCGAAGACUAAUUCUGAUGGCUAAAGCAUUGACUGAGAUUAUGUCCGCAAUUCAUCUUUUCAAGAAGGAAGCACGCACUCAUCCAAUUCAGGAUUCUACUCAUGGAACGGAGGCUUAAGAAUUGUCAAACAUAGAUUCCUUAUUACAAUAUUCGGAGAUUAUUAUAUAUUAUGGGAAACGGACGUAUCAUUCUGUGUUUGAGAUUCUAAUUAAAUUGAAAUUGAACAUGUGUUAACAUCCGAUAUUAAAUUGGCAAAGAAUCCAGGUUUGAAGAUACACAAAAUAGAAUAUGUUUAAUUUGUAAAAAAAUGAGAUAAAACUAAUGCGUAACAGUCUCUAUGUAAGGCUGACACUUUUAUUUUAGUAUUUAUUGAAAAGUAAAAUCUAGAUACGUCAAAGAUGCAUAUCAAA